AUGGGAAUCCAGCAAGCCGAUCGACGAUACCUGGCGGAGACGCGAUCGCAUGCGGGAUCACGUACGCACUCACCUCGCUUCCUGCUCGACUCCACCGCCGCCGCCCCUCGUCAUCGUUCGAUCGCCAGUGAACUUUCAUCGUCGUUCUUCUCCGCGUCUUUGAGGGGAGUUUCUUCGCACCGUUCUUUCGCCAAGGUGGUGGCCGGGAGCAGUUCCACGGCUUCGAUGGCCGGGUAUCCUCGCCCGCCUGCGCCACCAGGAGUGUCCCUGCCUGCGCCUGGGACAGCACCGGCUGUGCCAGGGGCUGCUCAUCCGCCGGUGGCUGCUGCUGCGGCUAGUGCCGGACCCUACUUGGGUCCCCCUGGUUUCCAGGGCUGGCCGGCCGGGACUCCCAUGUCGCAGACCGCGCCGACUCCACGACUGACAGCCCCACCUCCGAGGCCAGCUGCGGCGUUCCGCCCUCCAGUCCGCUUGCCUGUGCCGCAGAUGCCGUACUUGCCGCAGCAACCGUAUCAUCAGUACCAGGGGAACGUCACCCGGUGCCUGGGCAGCAAAAUAUGA